UCAGUCUCCUGUAUCACUUUCUCGUGGCUACUGCUCUGUGAUAAAUGCAGCGGAGGGGAUUCAUCUGUUUGACCUCUGCUAGCCUCCGCCCUCUCCCAAGAUCCAACCUUGCCCAUAGCUUUUUGAUGGUUUUCUUGCUUUGAUAGCUGAGAAGUGAGAGCAACCACCGGGAACACUACCUAGAGGGGUCUCUCAGUCUUCCGUUCCCACUUCCUAACGGCGGCGGCCUGCUCGUAGCCGAGGUGAGCUUGAAUCUCAGAUCGAUCCUCUGAAUGGCAGACAGGGCUGAGGCAAGCGGCGACGACCGAAUCAGCGCCCUCCCUCUCGACGUCCGUCUGCGCUUGCUUUCCAUGUUGCCCGUGGAAGAUGCAGUGCGGAGCAGCGAGCUCUCCCGCGAGUGGCGCGGGCUCUGGAAGAAAAUGCCCAGCCUGCGCCUCGUCGGUUUAGAGCGGUUCGAGACCGCCGAGGGUUUCAACAAGUUCGUGAACCAUCUCAUCGUUCUCCGCGGCCACUUGCCCCUCGACAAGUUCAAGAUCGAUGUCCGUGAAUCUGAGGCAGCUGAGGGGUACCCGUACGCCAAUCUGUGGAUCCAGUACGCUCUAAUCUGCAAGGUUCGGGUGCUCAGCGUCUUCUGCGAAGCUGUUGUCGACGAUUGUAUACAACUCACCGUGCCUCUUGUCUCUGAGCGCCUGACGACCCUAAAUUUUACGGAUAUUGAUUUCGAGAAGUGCUCUGCACUUGUUGACUCGAAGCUAUCUCUGGAUUUCUCAGGCUGCCCGUUGUUAAAAAGUCUAAGCAUGGAUAAGUGCAGCAUUUACGUGGACAAGAUCUCGUCCAAAUCACUAAAGCGGCUGCUCAUCACCUUUUCUUUCUUAUCACACUCGCGCACAUGGAUUUCUGCACCAAGUCUUGUUUCAUUGGAGCUUAGUGAUUGCUGUGGCCAGGCUCCUGUCCUUGAAAGCAUGCCAUUCCUACAAAGUGCAUUCAUUAGGCUCAACGAGAAUCAGGGCUCGUGUGAUGUUAUGUAUCCUCCGGUACAGAAAUGUGCCCAUCGAAGUUGUGAAUGUUGUUACGGUUAUCAUCUUAGCGGUUACCAGAGUGUGCUUCUCAAUGGUUUGUCCAAUGCUACCCAUCUGGAGUUGAUAGCUCACCCUGAAGUGUAUAUCUACAGAAGGGAUUUGGCUUGUUGCCCUGUAUUUGGCAAUUUGAAGACUCUGUUACUCAACGAGUGGUGUGUGGAUAAUGGCUUACAUAGACUAGUUUGCAUUCUUCAACACUCGCCUAUUCUUGAGAAGCUCACACUUCUGUUUUAUAACACUAAGGGUGUCCCUAGUGCAAUGAAAGACGAUGGGAACCAUGAUCCAGUAGAACAAACAUUUGCAUGUCCACACCUUAAGGUAGUUAACAUCAAAUGUCAAGUGAGGAAUGAGAGGGUUUCCAAAACAUUGAAGCUCUUGAGUACAUGUGGCGUACCUUGUGAGCACAUUAGGUUGAAGCUCAACCAGUCACGCUCAUAUCCUUUCAGCUACUAGUAGUGAGAUGCCACACCGUCAACCAGUGACGACGAAGUUGUGCCUUGAUCCACUCACGGGGACGUUACAAACUUCAUCCACUGCUGACGACUAACAUGGUGUGAUGGGUCUUGAUGUUCAUUCCAGUCCUUCUGUGCUCCGAAGCGGCUGUAAUGUGGCCACUGUCUAGGCCGUUAUCUAUAUGUUUAGGUUUAUUUCGGUCUCUUGGUCUGCUAGAAACUUGUCCGUGUUAGUCGUCUGGUACAACUCAGCAACACCGGUUUCCUCUUCAUCGGAGUGGUAAUGGCCACGGUCAGAUCGCUGCUAUAUUUCAGUUAUCAGUAAUGGCCACGGUCAACUGUGGCAAGGACAUUGCUAUGUUUUGAAGUUGGUUGUUCGUAUGCCCCCUCCGGCCUUUUGAGGAUGUUGUCAGUUCUUGUUCAACCAAAACAUGUUACGGUACUAUGUUUGCAGCAUGGCUGCGCUUGCUCCCUA